UCUUCAAUGCAUCCCAGCCGCUAAAUUUUCUCUUUUUUAUUUUGGCGUUAAGGCUGUUCUCCGAGCCUUGUCCCAAAAUCACGGAGUAUGAUGACUCACGGAGUAUACUCCGUGCCCCAAAUAAAAGUCUUUUUUGAAAAUUCUAAUCAGGUAUACAUUUCAAAAGAGUAUAAUGGCAUCUGACUUUUAUCAAAGAACAGCAGCCUUAUGUGAAGAAUUUGAAAAGAGGGAACUUCACUUUUUAAAUACAGAAAGAAGUUUUAAAAAUCAACAUAGUGAGAAUAUCAUACUUCAAGACACUCUGCGUAAAAUUAAUAGAAGAGAAAAAGAAACUGAAGAAACUUACAAAAAUUUGAUGAAGCAACUAGGAGAAUUGGAUCAACGUAUUGAACUGAUGUCAUUUAAACUUGACAAGCUCAAUGUUCUAAAGGAUAGCGUAACAUCAACUAGACUUUCAAGCUGGCCAGAAAGUGAAGACACAUUUGAGAGAAAUUUGAAAUUUUAUCAGUCUUCAUCUGCUUUUUUAAAGUCGCCCGUUGGGUUUGGCCUUUCAUUAUUCAAUUCAGAUUUUCAGACUGCCUCAACGAAUUCUAAUUAUCAAAUUAUUUCAAAAAGUCCCAAUUUACAGACUGUUUCAGGAAAUCCUAAUUAUCAAACUGUCUCAACACAAACAGAUCUCCAUAUACUUUGUGGACAUUGUCAUUUCCCUGUAUCUAUAAAGCAGAAUUUUUCUAGAAUACAAAAUAUAGACUAUGAAAGUGAAAUUCAGAAUGCAAAUGAAAGAGCUAAUUUUGUACCAUCUGUUGCUGCCGAAAAUUAUAAUAUUGUAAGUCAAGAACUGCUACAAAAUUCUCAGAUGAAAGCACAAGAAAAUUCUGCUUUUAAUCAGCCUGUUUCAGGUUUUAUUGUAACUGAUCAUAGGCUUUUUGAAACAUCAGAAAAUAGUUCAAUUCUUUUUAAUAAAAAUAGCUUUCUCAGUGAAAACAUACCUAAUACAUUGAAACUAAAUGACAGUCAUUUUAGUGAUACUGCAGUUACUAUUAUACAACCUAAAAACCCUGUAGAAACUUAUGAAAAUAAAAAUAUUUCAAAUACUGAAAUUACCAAUUCUGAGAAGAGAAGCCUAGAAGCUGAAAGGAGCGAUGCUGUUGUUGAUUAUGAUACUAACCAAAUGGCAGCAAUGAGAAGUGAUGAUGAAAGCAUCAAUCAUGAAUUUGACUUUUUAGAAAAUUCCAAAAAUAAUUAUACAAAAUUAGAUUCUGCUCAGAAUCUCAAAGCGAUAAAUGAUUCAAUGGUUAAGACUGUACAGCAAGAAGAGCAGCAUCAUGCUCCAUAUCAACAAGAUUCCUCAACUGCUGAAGGCAUUGCUUAUUCAGACCAGGAUAUCGCAGAAUCCAAGAAAACAGGGAAUAAGAAGCACCCAGAUAUUAAAAAUUUCAUGAAAGACAAAAAUAAUGAUAUAAAAAGUGAUUCAUCUUUGAGUGCUGGAGAGCUUCAUUCUCCAUCCGUUCAGUCUGAAAAUAUGUCUGCAGGAUCAGAAUCUGAUAGCUUCUAUGAAAAGGAAUCUCCUUUAACUGCAACUGCAGCUUAUCAAGCAUUGUUGGGCAAUGUGGCUGCUGUUGAAAAAGUAAUAAAAACUCCUGUGAUUUCCGAUUCUGAAUCUGAGGAUGAUGUUGAGCAUGCCUUAGCAACAGCUGUCCGAAAGACUAGCAGUGUACAACCAGUUGUAACUUCUGUUGUCCAGAGAGAAGAAAAAAGAGACAAUGUUCCGCAUGUUGAACAUGAAACAUCUAGAAGGGCAUCCAAAUCAGCAACUGUAAGCAAGCCCCAGUCUAAACUCUCAAAAAGUACACGUAAAGUUUUAGGUCUGGAUACCUCUUCAGGAUCAGAAAUGGAGAUUGAAGCAAAAGUGCCUAAAAACAAUGAUGUAGAUGAUGAUGAUGAAUUUGACUUUUAUGAUUGAAAUAUUUUAAUGAAUAUUUAUUUUGUUAUGUAGUCAUAUUUUAAAAAAACAGAAAAUUUUAUUUUUUUGUUCUUAUCGAAUUUUAAUGCAUAGAAAAAUAAACUAUAUAAAGUAAUCAUGAAUUUACCCCUGAUUUAUACAAUUUAAUAGAGUCAUGUAAUCUCAUACAGAAAUUCUUGUUUUGUAAGGCACUGACAUACUGAAAAAUUUAUUUACAAAAUAAACAAAAUAUUCAUUAAAACUGUUAAACACA